AUGGGCAAGGAAGAGAAGCCUCACAUCAACGUCGUCGUCAUCGGCCACGUCGACUCUGGCAAGUCGACCACCACCGGUCACUUGAUCUACCAGUGCGGCGGUAUCGACAAGCGUACGAUCGAGAAGUUUGAGAUAAGUGGAGCCCCUCAACACGUUAUUCCCUUUGAUUUCAAGAAGAGAUCUCAUGGUCUCAUGGUUUCCGACGGCCCCGUCCACUCCAUGACCACAAUCUUUUUCAACUUGCUCCAUCUCUUUAUGAACGCUCAGCUAACCCCCUCUUACAAGGAGGCCGCCGAACUUGGCAAGGGUUCCUUCAAGUAUGCCUGGGUUCUUGACAAGCUCAAGGCCGAGCGUGAGCGUGGUAUCACCAUUGAUAUCGCACUGUGGAAAUUUGAGACACCGAAGUAUAUGGUUACCGUCAUUGACGCCCCCGGCCACCGUGACUUCAUCAAGAACAUGAUUACUGGUACUUCCCAGGCCGAUUGCGCCAUUCUCAUCAUUGCCGCCGGCACUGGUGAGUUCGAGGCUGGUAUCUCCAAGGAUGGCCAGACUCGUGAGCACGCCCUGCUCGCCUACACCCUUGGUGUCAAGCAGCUCAUCGUCGCCAUCAACAAGAUGGACACCACCAAGUGGUCCGAGGAGCGUUUCACUGAGAUCAUCAAGGAGACCACCAACUUCAUCAAGAAGGUCGGCUACAACCCCAAGACUGUCGCCUUCGUCCCCAUCUCCGGCUUCAACGGCGACAACAUGCUCCAGGCCUCCACCAACUGCCCCUGGUACAAGGGCUGGGAGAAGGAGGGCGCCAAGGGUGCCAAGUCCACCGGCAAGACUCUUCUCGAGGCCAUUGACGCCAUUGAGCAGCCCAAGCGUCCCACCGACAAGCCCCUCCGUCUUCCCCUCCAGGAUGUCUACAAGAUCGGUGGUAUUGGAACUGUUCCCGUCGGCCGUAUCGAGACUGGUGUCCUCAAGCCCGGUAUGGUCGUCACCUUCGCGCCCGCCAACGUCACCACCGAAGUCAAGUCCGUCGAGAUGCACCACGAGCAGCUCUCCGAGGGUCUCCCCGGUGACAACGUCGGCUUCAACGUGAAGAACGUGUCCGUCAAGGACAUUCGUCGUGGCAACGUCGCCGGUGACUCCAAGAACGACCCCCCCCAGGGCGCCGCUUCUUUCACCGCCCAGGUCAUCGUCCUCAACCACCCCGGCCAGGUCGGUGCCGGCUACGCCCCCGUCCUCGACUGCCACACCGCCCACAUUGCCUGCAAGUUCGCCGAGCUUCUCGAGAAGAUCGACCGCCGUACCGGCAAGUCCGUUGAGGCUUCCCCCAAGUUCAUCAAGUCUGGUGACGCCGCCAUCGUCAAGAUGAUUCCCUCCAAGCCCAUGUGCGUUGAGGCUUUCACCGACUACCCUCCCCUGGGUCGUUUCGCCGUCCGUGACAUGCGUCAGACCGUCGCCGUCGGUGUCAUCAAGGCCGUCGACAAGUCCGCUGGCGCCGCUGGCAAGGUCACCAAGUCCGCUGCCAAGGCCGCCAAGAAAUAA